AGUUUAUUUUGAUUGCUAUUACAUUUUUAUUGAAAUUUUACUAGUUUCUACGCAUUUCACUAGAAAUGUCCAUAAAAGAAGAAAUCCUCAAACGGUUGAAUCGUCCGGAUCAGGACUAUUCUGCUGGCUUGCAGUAUGGAAUGAAACUGUGGAAAUCGAACAGCUUUUAUUAUAUGUCCAAGUACGAAGUCGUAUUUGAGUUUUUUCUUGCUGGAAUUGAGCAAUAUAUGCAAAAAAUAUCGAGGACUGAUUUGAAGGAUUUUGAUGUAAGCUUUGCGGUUAUAAACGAAUUCUUGGCUUUACCAUGCCCGUCCAACGCUCUUCCGCCAAGAAUAAUUCCCAAACUGCACGAUGUAUUCUGCAAACUGACCACAGUUGGCCCAUCUAAUUCAAAAACAUUGCUAGACGGCUGUAUGACGAUGGCAUUUGAUAUAAAAUAUAAAAAUUUCUAUAAAUUUGAUUAUGCCGGCUAUGGAAGAGCGUUGAAGACAUCUCUGGAAUAUUACCGCCGGUACCUUGAAACAACAUUUAACAAAGAACAGGAAGAAAUGGCAAUCCUAAGAGUUACAAAUGACAUUCGUAUAUACGUGAAAUCAAACGGCGAUGACGAAAGUUGGCGUUCUGCGUUUACUUCUGUGUUACCCAGUUUGUGUGACGUUAUCCUCCAGCUGAAAUCUUAUGGUUUGGAUCGGCAAGAAGAAUUAUUGGAACUGCUCAGGCUUAUUUAUUUCCAGGAUGGAAAAGGUUCAAAUUAUAACAGAGUGACGGAUCAAUCCAAAAGGCAUCUUUUUAUGAACUAUUUUGAAAUCGAUCAACUUCCAAUGCACGUUAUUGCACUUUUAACGGAAGGUUAUCUAAAAGCCUAUCGAGAAACCAAAAUAGAUGUUUUGUUGUUUCUCAAGUACAUAUUGUUGUACGUGUUUGCUGAUCCGGAUAAAUCUAUCUUAAAUGAUAUCCAUCAUAUAUUUCAACUAACAAAAUACGUAUUCUAUUUGCUGAGAAAAUAUUUUAUAAAAAUAGAUCAGAAAAUAGUAGAGGAUUUUGACUUUAGUGGAAUUCUUACACAUAAACUGAAAGAUUUUUUGGAUGGUUACAGUAAUUCAGAACACUGCCUGCAGGAUUUGUUUUCGCUAAUUUGCACGAUAAAUGAGUAUAACCCUUUGAUCUUGGAAACAAACAUGAUUAAUAUAAUCCUGCGUACGAUGUUCAUCAGAAAAGAACCAGACACAAUGGAUAAUUUUCAAGCUAUGAUUAUAUCUACAAUAAAUGCAUAUACAAAGUUGAAUCGCAGUGAAAAUUUUCGUGAAGAACUAUUUCUUAAACUUGGUGAUUAUUUAGACGACCACGACUUAGGAGAUCAGAUAAAAUUGUUGAGGAAGCAAACAAAGAAGAGAAAAUCAGUUCUUAUCGAUGGACCAUCCGGAAAACGCAGAAGGACCGAAACAGAACAGCAUGCAGCGAUGACACAAGAAGAAUCCACAUCUCGAUCCGCCGAGCGUUAUUUUGGAAUACUAUGUUCUCCAAAACAGGUAGAUACAACCGAAAAUAUUUGCUUUCAUUUGUCAAACCAAUGGAAGUCAAUUUGUUUUGCCUGGCCGGAUGCAAAUGGUCGUCUGAGUUGUGCAAUGCUUCAAUAUGUGAAAGGAUUGUUGACAAAACGUAGCUUCGAAUAUUGGCACAAAAUGCAAAAUUUUUUGGCUGAAGUAAUAGACAAUCUCGAAAGUGAAGAGCAUACGGAAACAGAGCUGUUCAAACUAGAAUUUUCCGUUUGUUGGUUGUGUUAUUAUUUUGCUGGCAAUACACUUGUGGAACAGACGAACCUUUUCUGGGACAAAUUAGAUCGUCAUUUCAAAGAGUUCAAUGAGCUGAUGAUUCGCUUUGGCAAGCUUCUAAUCAAAGAUAACACUGAUGAUCCGAGGGUGUUUGGAUCCUUUCUGCAACUUGUAUAUUUCUAUGGCAAUUACAGGAGUAUUGUCCACUAUUAUCGACCAGAUUCCAUUGAAUCGAGUGACCAUCACUUGGUUCAACAAUUUCUAUCCCCUGAUGAAUGGCAUAAACUAGAAACACGGGUUCCAUCAAGUGAGCAAUUGCUGCUAAAUCGGGUGCACUUACAAAAAAUUCGUAUUGGGCAGUUAAUAGCGAACUCAGAUAGUGAAUCUUGCGAAGAGUUAAUACAACAGAUUCUACAACCGUCUAGAAUCGACCAUCUUAGCUGGCUGCUACAGGAUCGUUCAACAAUUAUCUGGUUCUUAAAACAAGUUAAUUUGGAUCAACAAAAAUAUAUUGUAAAUCAGUUACUGUCCAAUAACUGUUUGCGUGAGAUUGAGUUCAUUAUAGACCAAAUGGGGGAUAAUCACGUUAUGAUGGACGCUCUUCUGCUUUGCAUUUACCAGCGUAUAACGAGUACCAUUCUUGCUGAUUGUAAACAGUCCGUUGCCAAAAAACUAUCAUUUGAUGCAAUUUACGAGUCUGAUGAGCAGCAAAUAAUGGCAUCCAUACAUAAAUUGUUACAGAAGAAAUCAGAAAAACAAUCGAGUAUUACAGAAAUUUUUGAGCCAAAGCAACUGAUGGAUUUGUUGAGAAUACUAGAUCAAGUGCGAAUUGAUGAGUUACCGCAAAAUCGUAAAACAGUGAUUGUUGGUAUUAACGUGUUACUUUUCGCUGAUAUUCAGCAUUGCGAUUGUGUGGAUGUUAUUGAACUUCACAAAAAUACUCUAAACAAGCAACUAACUUUUGGGAUGGUUCCGAAUUUGUUAAAAUUCUUUGAAUUUGAAACUCUUCUGGCUAUUUUUGGAAAAUCAUCAUCCCUAAUAGUAACGCUGCUGCGACAAACGGCUAUCUUUCUUAGCGACGAGGCCUUUGAAUGUUUCAAGCGCACGCUGGUGCACUUCUCGGAACAGCCAGAGGAGUGGUUUGAGCUAGUGCUCCUAAUUUUCAACGGUAUCCAAAAGAGCAAUGCCAACCGAGAGAAAAAUAUUUCUGCCAACGAUUUGAACGAACUACUGUUGAGUUUUGUCAGCGCUAUUGAGCAAUACCUGUGCGAGCAAGAUAUCAAAAAACUAAGAAAAGAGAAUUUUGAUGCUUUCAUUAAUUGUCUCAAAGGAUGCUCAUCAACAAUUCGUUAUAAAGUUAUCAAUAAAAUGCAACUGACGGAUGUGCUACAAGAAAAGGUGCUUUGUUAUUUAAAGCAAGCGAUUAAAGUUGACAAUCCUUCUUCGGAUCUUUUCCUUACGAAUGCACUACAGUACAAAGAUUUCCUUAGACUGGAACCGGAUCGAAUCAAAGAAAUUGCAGAAAAACGUUGGUGUAGUUUUUUACGAACACUACGAAUAAAAACCACUAAUAAACAGAACAUCCAGAGUGAUUCCGACGCUGAUGGGCAUUUGCAAGGGCAAAGCAUCAGGACGUUUUCCAGUUUUCUUACGCAUAACGAGCCGGUUUCCGAUUUCACCGUACGAUUGAAUCAACUGGAACAAGAAGCAUCGGUUAGUACCGAUUAUGACGGGAUAGAAUUUGUGUUUCGGGUUUACUCAACAUUUGCCAAAAAUGCUUUCACGGUUGGAGUCUCUGUAGACAUUGAGAAAGCAUUCGUAAGAUCAUUCGGAAUCGUAGUGGCAAGCAAGAUUUUACCCCUCUGUGUACAAAAAAAGAUUUGCGCAAACUUUAGCCGUUUGGAGGAAAUACUGAAAUGUUUUUCUGUGAUAGUUGGCAAUCCCAAGUUAACGCUUGUUCCUUCAAUAAUGGACAACAUAGUUGAGUUCCUAGCCAGUACAAACAUUCAAAAAUUUGCUAUAUCGGAUAACAAUGAGAAACAAUUUUAUCAACUUCAUCGCUUAAUAAGCGAUGUAUUGUACUUAUUAAUAACAACAAGACCAAACUAUGUUGUGAAUCGAUUGCCACAUUAUUUUUACGUUUUCAAUCAACUGAUAGCAUCCGUUAUCUGCUAUAAAGAGGAUUGGCCAGCAGACUCUCCAUUGAAUAGUUUUGAAAUUCUAACGCUUUCUGAUCUGCUGCUUCCACUAGAAAAAAUAAUGUCGCUCGUCAGUGAGAAGAUCGAAAAGGAUACUCGCAUUUUAGCGCCAUACAUACUGAUGCAAAUCAUAAGUUUCAUAAUUAAAAGCAAGCGCUCUACAACUUUACAUGAAAAAAUUUCGAGAAAUGUGCACAACAUUUGCUACGGAUUUAUUGGGUUGUAUGAUAAGCAUUCCUCCGGCUAUAUUUUGCGCUCAAGCGACGAGGCAUCAAGAAAUGUAUACACGGACAUUGAGAAAGGAUUCCGGAAAUACAGAUCCUUCCAUGGCAGAAUCUAAACACAUGUAAGUAACGACAGCAAUCCUAGUAAAUGUUCG